AUGAGAAACUUCCUUUUUCUUCCUCCUACUUUCAAGCACCUUUUCCAAUUUGGAAAAGUAAUUGAUUCUAUUGAUAAGUAUUUGGAACCACAUUAAAUGAUAAUUAUGAAAAGAGUUUGCAAAUUAAUAAAAAACAAAGUUAGUGAAGCUUCGAACUUUUUGAACAUAUUCUAGCACAUCUAGAUUAAUGAUGACUAUUGCUAAUUUUUUCCUAGACAAAAACUAAUAAGUUGGUACAUUAAAUAAUUCGACUUGAAUGGUAACAUUCAUCCUCAAGAAUUGUCGAUAAAAACAAUCAACUAGCUGGCUUAAGAUAAAGCUUUAUUGGAUGACCUAAUUUAUAUUUUAGCUACUCAAUGCUCCAGUUUGCUUAAGCUUAGAAUUGAAAACACACCAUUUGAACAGGUUAAAAUCAUAUUUGAAGUAAACAAAGGCAAGCUGAUUCUUAGAGAAUUUACGAAUAUUUAAGGUGAAAUAGGCGAUGGAGUUAAAUAUCUAGAAGAAAUCCUCACUUUAAGGAAAGUUUAUAUCUAAAUAGAUGAUAUCUCUAAAUUCGAAAGUUUGAUAACAAAAUACGUAGAAAUAAAUUUAAUUGAAGAUCUAGAACCAUAAAGAGCAUUCUUUGUAAACUAGAAUAUAAGAAGAUAAGCAUUAGAUAUGGGUAUUUUAUUAGUUUACGAUAAUCUUAGUAUGAGUUAGUACAAAAUGAUUCUGAAAGAUGUAAAGCAAUUAUAUACAAUUAGAAUAUAUGAUGGAAAAAAACUUUCAGACUAUUUCUUUGAUUUUCUAAUUCAAAAUAAAUAUUACGAAGGAUUAAACGAGUUUGUAUUUAGAAAUUGUGUUUUCUCAAUCAACUCAAUAGUAAGACGUUUUUUUAAUUUUUUUCACAAUUCAAAUCUGGAAUCGUCCUUAGUUGUAGAUUUUACUGGAUGUGACUUAAAGGGAAUUCAAAUGAUUUCAUAAGAACUGAUAAAAAACAAUGGAAUAGAAAGUAUUUUUUAUGGUGGAGAGGAUCUUUUAAGAAGAUAUAGAACUUAAAAAUCUAAGGAAAGAGAGGGGACAGUAUAAAGAGACGUGAGAGCGGAGAGAGAGGCGUACUAAUUCUUAUAAGCUUAAUAUGAAGAAGAAAUGAUCCAAAAGUAACUACUUCUUCUGAUGGAACAGGAAAAUGAAAGAUCAAGUCUUAUGGAUUGA